AUGGACCCCAAUCCAUUCCCUCCACCUGCAAGAGGAAGGAGAGGCAGAGGGGGAAAUUACCCUUAUGCUAAUAACGACAGGAACAGGCAGGGGGCAAACUGGAGGAACCACCCAGGCCUGGAGGAGCCGGAGGAGCACAGGGAAGAAGCUCUGCCUAGACCAUAUAGGGCAGAACCACGAUUCAAUCAUGCCCAGCCAGAACAGGGACAAAACCUUCCCCCUGUUAAUGCUCUAAAUGACGUGGGGGCAUUGCAGAGGAUGAUCAGGGAAAUGAUGGAGCCUGAGGCCAGGAGGGGGGAAAGACCCACCUAUAGGAAGCCAUAUCCACCUUACAUUGAUCAGAUACCCUUGUCCCCAGGCUUUAAAGUACCAAACUUCACUUUAUUCAACGGAGAGGAUCCUCAUGCUUCAUCAGUUGAGCACGUAGGCAGAUUUUCUACCCAAUGCAUAGCCAUAGAGAAUAACCCACUGCUAAAGCUAAGGCUUUUUGGGAAUUCUCUCUCUGGACAAGCUUUCACUGGUACACUACUCUGCCAGCAAAUUCCAUUCAGACAUGGGAGCAAAUGGAGAGCGUCUUCCAUGACUACUAUUACAGGAUUCAGCCAGAAGUCACCAUCAGUGACCUUGCAGCUCUCAAACAGAGUGAAGAUGAACCUGCCCAAGACUUUAUAA